AUGUUGCAAGGAGAUGAGGCAGGCCAACUUCACUGCGGCGUUGCAGUUGAACGCUUAAACUCGUCAGGUCAAGCUAUGAAACGCCAGGUCUUUCGAAAGGCAUCUGUAACGUUGGGACGCAAUGAGUUUCAGGACAUUGUUCUCCGAGUUCAUGACGGCAAAGUGCCGCAGAAUUUCAUGCUCCGUGAUUUCCAGCUGUUCACUCGCUUUGCCAAAGAUGGAAAAUGUACCAUCAAACUCAUACCCGACAACACCCAGGUUUUGAUCUCGGACUGUCCGCCUGAUCGUUUGAACAUAUUCCUCAAGACUCUGAGUAUUAAACAUCAGGCCUGGCAGACGAACAAGCCCCUCAGCGACAGGGAGAGGUUACGUGCCGGGCUGCCGCGCAGCUUCGACACUAUCAGCCCCUUGCAACAGAAGGAUGUGCAAAAAGCCAACGAGCUCAGGAGCAAAGUUAACGCACCAUUAUCUUUCAGAGGCCUGAGCGAGAGAUCUGGAAAUAACAUGGUCGCGGGCCGACAGCAAGUUAAAAGACCAAGAAUAGACUGUGAAACCAGUCCAGUCAAAGCUCUCCAUCCGAGUAAGAGGCCAGUGCUUUCCCUUCCGGUCACUCGUAAAUUAAGCAAAGAACAGACUGCUGUUCUCAACGCUGUCCUCGGGGGCAAAAACGUGUUCUUCACAGGCAGUGCAGGAACUGGGAAGUCAUUCUUGCUGAAGAGGAUUGUGGGUUCUUUGCCUCCCAAAAGCACAUUUGCUACUGCUAGCACAGGAGUGGCUGCAUGUCACAUUGGAGGGACCACAUUACAUAACUUUGCAGGCAUCGGGUCUGGUUCCGCCCCACUGGAGCAGUGUCUGGAGCUCGCCCAACGCCCUGGAGUCCUGCGACACUGGACCAGCUGCAAACACCUCAUCAUUGAUGAGAUCUCUAUGGUGGAGGCUCAGUUCUUUGACAAACUGGAGGCCAUAGCCCGAUCCAUCAGAAGAUCCACAGAGCCCUUUGGAGGGAUUCAGCUUAUAGUUUGUGGAGACUUUCUCCAGCUUCCACCUGUAACCAAGGGAAAGGACAAACCCAACUUCUGCUUCCAGGCAAGAAGCUGGCGGAAGUGCAUCCACCUGAACAUGGAGCUGACGGAGGUACGGAGGCAGACUGACCGGACCUUUAUUUCUAUUCUGCAGUCUGUGAGAGUGGGCAGAGUCACCGAGGAAGUCACGGCCCAGUUGCUGAAAAGCGCCAGCCACAGUAUUGAGAGAGAUGGUAUCCUAGCAACCAGACUGUGCACACACAAGGAUGAUGUGGAGCUCACUAAUGAGAAUAAACUGAACCAGUUACCAGGUGCUGUCCGUGUAUUUGAGGCUGUGGACAGUGACCCCCAGCUGGUUAAGAUAAUUGAUUCCCAUAGUCCAGUGGGGCAACAGCUACAGCUGAAAGUGGGAGCUCAGGUCAUGCUGACAAAGAAUCUGGAUGUCCAGAGAGGUCUGGUCAACGGCGCAAGAGGAGUAGUUGUUGAUUUCCAGCCUGACAGCCAAGGAUUCCCUCGUGUUCGUUUCCUUUGUGGAGCUGUGGAGGUGAUAAAACGGGAGCGGUGGAUGUUUAAGGCAGGUGGGGGGGUGUACCUCAGUCGCCAGCAGCUUCCCCUCAAACUUGCAUGGGCCAUUUCCAUCCACAAGAGCCAGGGUAUGACACUGGACUGUGUGGAGAUCUCCCUGGCACGGGUGUUCGAGUGCGGCCAGGCUUACGUGGCCUUAUCUCGGGCUCGGAGCCUGGACGGACUGCGUGUGAUGGAUUUCGACCCUCAUGUGGUCCAGGCUAACCCAGAUGUACUGCUCUUCUACAAAAAGCUGAGGAAGGAGAGACUACUCAUGCAGUCCACCAUAAGUGAAUUUGUGAGGAGAAGCAACAAAGAGAAUGAGCUGUACCAAUAA